AUGAUAUUUGUUCGUCGCGCAAAUCCUUUCUUCACGAACUUUGCGCGACGGACUGUGUGCGACGAAACUUCUGUCGCGCAUAAUUAUGUGCGACUAAAAUCAUUUUUGCGCGACGAAGACCCCUUCGUCGCGCAAAGCCUAAAAUGUAGUAGUGCUAGCAAAUACUGUGCCUUCCAUGGGACGCAUGGACACACUACGAACAACUGCUUCGCUUGGAAAGCACACCUCGAAGAACUCAUGAGAAAAGGUCACUGCACGGAAUUCAUCGCUAAGCAGGCCAUCUAG